AAUGAUUUUAUACAUGUCCAUAAUCAUUAGGUAAUUGUUGUUCAUGAUUCUAUCUAAUUUUAUCAUUCCUAAUCUUCUUGUUUUUGUUGUGUGCCAAGAAAAAUCAAGUCCAUUUACAGAAGAUUCAUCAAUCAGAUUGAAUUAGAGGCCACUUAGUUAGGCUUGUUUUGGUCGAAUCUUAUUAUGCUUAGAAAAUCUUGCAAACCCAAAGAUUGUUAAGCCUUUGAACGGACACUUCUCUAUUUGAACUUGAAUCAGUCGAAACAGUUAUUUGAAUUAUACCCAAGCUGCAUGAUCUUUCAUAUUAAUUUCAACUUAUAGUCUUUUCACAUCGUUGAUCUCAAGGUGAAAGUGCGUUAAGAUGUUAUUAUCGCCAAGCAAUCUAUGGAUUACAGUUGUGACAAUCUUGCUACCUAAUUUGUGCUUAGUUUACGGUAAAAUUGGAAAGCCUUGGAGUCCCUCAGUUUGCUCAUCUCACCCUUUAUUUACUUCAACCCUUGCACCUAACUACACAACACCUUACACAUUUUAUCCGCGCAAUGAAGAUCAUUUAAAAUCUAUUCAGUCAAUUGAUAUAUCAACUCCGUGCCGAAAAACAUUAAACAAUUUUUACAAAGCUUAUAAAUCUCAAUCAGUAUGGGCUUAUCAAUUGCUUGAUUCAUGUGGUCAACCUUCAUCUGGAGUAUUGUCUGGAAAUACAUUUUAUUGGGGAGCUUAUGAUCAAUGUUUAAAUGUAAAUCCGGAUAAGUAUGGGAUAAAUUUCACCGGAACAUUUUGGCGUAAUAUCGUCUCUUGUACAGGAAUAAAGUACAAUGGAAGUCGUAUUACAACAAGUUUAUGGGACCAAAGAGUUGUCGAAAUUUGUGCUCCAUCAACAUGUAAUGAACAGGAUAUCAGUACCAUUUUGAUCGGAAAUUCUUCUCUUAAAGUGGUUGAAGCAGUCAAAAUUGAAUCCUAUUAUGAUUUACCAUUCGAUUGGUCUGAAAAAUUCAUCAUAGUUUGUUUCACUCUAUUAGGACUUAUAGUAAUUGCUUCAACAUUGAGCGAUUUUUACCUGAUGCCUUACGAAAAAAUAAUUGAAGCAAAGUGCAACUACAAUGGUACCUUGGGUAACUUAAUUGCUUCAUCGGUAUACUGUUUCUCACUCCGUCGCAAUUUCAGCAUUGUUUUAUCCAACAAAUCCUCUAAAUAUGAAAUCAGCUGUCUCAAUGGAUGGCGAACAUUAUCCAUAAUAAUAGUUAUAUUGGGUCAUGUUUGCAUGGUUGCUGCUGUAUUCAAUUCAGUGAAUAGGGAAAAUUUUGACACAUUUGUUGCCUCACGAUGGUUUCAAAUAAUCGGCAAUGGAUCAAUUUGGACUGAUACAUUUUUUGUACUGAGUGGAUUUCUGAUUGCUCAUUCAAGUGUCCGUCGAAUCAGUGCUAGUCCAAGCUCAGAUGAUUUAUGGACGCGAAUUUCAGCAUUUUCCCGUGAACUCAUCCAUUCGUGUGUUUUAAGAUAUUUCAGGUUGACACCAACUCUUGUCUGGAUGAUAAUGGUUUAUAUAAUGGCUCGACGUCUUGGUGAUGGUCCUCAUUGGGACUUUUUAGUGCAAAGUCUUCACACUAGCAUCUAUCGAGAUAUGUGGAAGUCAUUGACAUACACGAUUAACCUAUUCGGUGUUGCUGUUAAUCCCAUUACAGGUUUAGUUGCAACAUGGUUUCUAGCUGCCGAUUUCCAGUUUUUUAUCGCCUCAUCUCUCACUUUGGCCUUAAUAAAUGGCGGAAAACCAAUGAUUGGCUGGUGUUUGAACGGAUGCAUCAUGAUGGCUUCGAUACUAACCACAGCUUGGCUGACUUAUACUUACAAUUAUCCGCCAGUUUUAUUAUUUGACCGACUCUGCGAGGAUGAAUAUUUUCAAGUUAUUUAUGUCAAACCUUGGACACGAAUCAGCGCCUAUUGUAUUGGUAUAUUUCUUCAUGAAGUUUGGGCAAAAUAUCGCAAUGUGAAUCUAUCCAAGAGUGUUAGCAAUUCGUUGCUUUUGAUUUCUUUCUCUGGAAUGUCACUUGUCAUUAUAUCUUCCCGUAAAUACUAUGCUGAUGAAGAUGAAUCCAAACUGGAAAAAGUAAUUUAUGGCUCACUCCAUCGUCCCUUAUGGUCUAUCUGUGUAUCUUAUUUAAUAUUUCACGCCGCCUCCGGUAAUUCAAAUGGAAUCACAGUAUCUCUAUCAUGGUCUGGAUUCAGAAUUUUCGCUAAAUUGGCUUACCAAGCGUUCUACUGGCAUAUUUUCAUCAUCUAUUACAUUCUUGGUUAUUACCGAUCUCCAGUUUAUGCUGAUACACUUUCAUAUGCUAUUUUGAUAAUUGCUACUUUGUUUGCAUCUUUUGCGCUAAGCAUUUUUUCAGCCAUGAUUUUCGAGUUUCCAUUCCUUCAUUUACUUGCAAUUUACCGUCACAAUGGAAUACCUGAACUACCUGACAACAAUAUUAAAUCAUUAGAGAAUCAAUCUACAGAUGAAGACUCUUUUGAUUCUACAUCGAAAGAGAAGACUAAUUAAGCGACUUUUCACAUUCACGUCACGAAUGGUUUUGUACUUUAUUGACAGUAUCACAACAAUAGUCAAACUCUAGAUAUUUUGGACAUUCUCUCAUUUGAAUGAUACCAGACUGGACUUGUUAAUCAUAGAAAGAUGUUAAUUUAUGAUAUUUAUAAAUGAAUUUGUUUGAAACAAUUGGAAAAAUAUUAUUCAAUAAUGUUCAAAUGUUUAUUCAGUUGUUUACAGUAUAAGAUUAUUUAUGUCAUCAAAUUAACUUGUCAAACAAAAUGAUUAUUUUUUAAUCUCAUACUAUAAUGAUGUUAACACAUUCUGGACCCUAAACAAAUGAACAAAUAUGCAAUCUAAUUGUAAACAUGGGUCAACCUGAAUUCCCUUUGCUUAAAACUUUGUCACUGACUAGUUAAAUCUUUUAAUGUUUUAAAUACUAAAAGCUAAAAUAAAGAGUAAAAAAA